AUGGACGGUUAUGUGGCUUUUUUCAUUCCAAAUAUUGAUGAUGAAGUGCCCAACCGAAAUCCAAACAAAGACAUCAUUGCACCUCUGUGGACUGAUCUGGACUCUGACAGUGGAGGAAGAUGGACCUACGAGCAGGCCACAAGCGGACCUCUUAUAGCUCAAACUAACAAAGAAAUUAACAGGAUGUUCCCCAAUGUUUACUUUUCUGCUUCCUGGGUCUUUGUAUCCACUUGGGAAAAUGUCCCACUUGAAUUUUCUGCUUUCCAGGGUGCAACACUUCAAAUCAUUUUGGCCUCAGAUUGUGGAGGCCAGUCUUUCAUUUUAAUGAACUAUGGGACCAUUCCUUCUAUUCCAUCCUCUUACUGGCUGGCUGGCUAUGGCAGGCAGAACAACAUUUUUGUCACCAUUCCAGUAAACAGUGCCCCUGAACUGUCUUCAUCUAGUAACGUCAAUAUCCCUGGUCGCUGGGCUUUUCAAUUUACAGGUUCACCCUUGUUUCAAGUGGGACCAGGAGCAACACAACUUUUCCUCAGUGAUGGAAUGUAUCAAACAAUUCAGCUGCAGCAAACAUUUAAUUACGGUGGAAACACCUACUCUCAACUCUAUCUGAGUAUGGACGGUUAUGUGGCUUUUUUCGUUCCAAAUAUUGAUGAUGAAGUGCCCAACCAAAAUCUAAACAAAGGCAUCAUUGCACCACUGUGGACUGAUCUGGACUCUGACAGUGGAGGAAGAUGGACCUACGAGCAGGCCACAAGCGGACCUCUUAUAGCUCAAGCUAACCUAGAAAUUAAUAGGAUGUUCCCCAAUGUUUACUUUUCUGCUUCCUGGGUCUUUGUAUCCACUUGGGAAAAUGUCCCACUUGAAUUUUCUGGUUUCCAGGGUGCAACACUUCAAAUCAUUUUGGCCUCAAAUGGUGGAGGCCAGUCUUUCAUUCUAAUGAACUAUGGGACCAUUCCUACUAUUCCAUCCCCUUACUGGCUGGCUGGCUAUGGCAUGGAGAACAGCAGUUUUGUCACCAUUCCAGUAAACAGUGCCCCUGAGCUGUCUUCAUCUAGUAACGUCAAUAUCCCUGGUCGCUGGGCUUUUCAAUUUACAGGUUCACCCUUGUUUCAAGUGGGACCAGGAGCAACACAACUUGUCCUCAGUGAUGGAAUGUAUCAAACAAUUCAGCUGCAGCAAACAUUCAAUUACGGUGGUAACACCUACUCUCAACUCUAUCUGAGUAUGGACGGUUAUGUGGCUUUCUUCAUUCCAAAUAUUGAUGAUGAAGUGCCCAACCGAAAUCUAAACAAAGACAUUAUUGCACCACUGUGGACUGAUCUGGACUCUGACAGUGGAGGAAGAUGGACCUACGAGCAGGCCACAAGCGGACCUCUUAUAGCUCAAACUAACCACGAAAUUAACAGGAUGUUCCCCAAUGUUUACUUUUCUGCUUCCUGGGUCUUUGUUUCCACUUGGGAAAAUGUCCCACUUGAAUUUUCUGGUUUCCAGGGUGCAACACUUCAAAUUGUCUUGGCCUCAAAUGGUGGAGGCCUGUCUUUCAUCCUGAUGAACUAUGGGACCAUUCCUUCUAUUCCAUCCCCUUACUGGCUGGCUGGCUAUGGCAUGGAGCACAGCAAUUUUUUCACCAUUCCAGUAAACAGUGCCCCUGAGCUGUCUUCAUCUAGUAACGUUAAUAUCCCUGGUCGCUGGGCUUUUCAAUUUACAGCACACUGUCAGACCCUGAACUGCACUCAGGAUGAAGUCUGUAGGAAGAUAAAUGGAGCUUAUGGCUGUGCCUGUGGAAACAUUCCAACAGGCAACCCACUUAUUUACGAUUCCGUUGAAACAUGUUCAGGCAGUGCUGGAUCACUGUCUCUGUCUCGCUGUCAGCUGUUUGAAGCAGGAUAUUCUGCAGAUGUUCUCCACCUUAAUGACCCAAGCUGCAAAGGCCAGGUCGAAAAUAACAGGCUGGUGUUCUACUUUGACAGUAAUGCCAACAUGUGUGGCACAACUCUGAAGAAUAACAACACACACAUCAUCUUUGAGAAUAGCAUUGGAACAGUAAAUGGUAUAGGCCUGAUCAGUCGCAGUGGUGGCCUCAGCAUCACUUUUUCUUGUGUGUAUCUACUCAUCCAGAGCAUCUCCAUGCCUACAGAUAUCAGCGCCACAGGAAGUAUAAUAAGCAAGGAUCUGUCUACUGAAGGUUCAUACCAGAUCAGCAUGAUCCCCUAUACUGAUGCUACAUUCCUGGUUCCAUUCAGUGGAAAUGUGACUCUACAGAUAAACCAUCAAAUGUACAUAGCUGUGGAAGUGAAUCCAUUUGACAGCAAUCAGAUCGCUCUUGUGCUGGACAACUGCUGGGCCACGCCUGUCAACCAGACUGACUAUUCCAUUCGCUGGGAUCUGAUCAUUAACGAGUGUCCAAACCCCAAUGACGACACAGUGGAGGUGUUGCAGAACGGUGUCUCAACAUCCAGCCAUUUCUCAUUCAGGAUGUUCACAUUUACAAGCUUCUCCAACAAGAUCUACCUGCACUGCCAGGUCCAUCUCUGUCUGAAGGAGUCAGGAAACUGUGCACUGCCAUGCACCGGAAACCUUUCUAGAAAACGCAGAUCUGUGGAUUUCUAUGACUCAGCUGCCAUUACCAUGGAAUUCUGAUUUUUUUUUUCUUGAAAACUACAGCACAAUAUUUUCUCUUAAGUUCUUUGUUUAAUCGUAAUCAUUAAGAAUUGCUCUAAUAAUAAAUGCAAAUUAUUAAAUGAUGCAUAUAAAACUUUUCUCAUCUAUAAAAUGUUGUAAGUGAUUAUACUCAUUUGUAUUGCCUUCAUCAGUUAUAAUAAUGUUAUUUAUUUU